GCUAGAAUGAUUUGGACUGAGAUCUAUUUGUCAAUUGCUUUUGAUUGCACUGAUCGCACUGCCUUGGGUUUGACGACUUGUCCACGUGCCCGACUGAUCCGGCCGGAUGACAAUGCCGCGGCGGCAGGGCGGGCACCGGGUAGCGAUCGCCGAAUACAACCGGCCCUGCUGGGCUGGAUACGUACAGCCCCUCAAUUUUGGCUGCUGAGUGUCGCAUUUCCUUCAACGCUCGACCACACGCUCGAAUCGAUUCUUUUGACAGACACGACGAUUCAAAAGCCUACACGGACGGCGCAUGCUUGAUUACAUAUUCACGGAAAGACACACUUUUACCAAUAGAUUGUCUCGCGCAACAUCCACAACCCCACACACCCGUUCCCGCCUUGCUCCUCGUCGCAAACCUUGGCUCGGUUCGCUCUCGGUGGCAAACCUGCCAGAGUUACAGAUAGGGCGAGCAGUCAUACGAUGCCUCCCGCGCCCUGACACGAUCUACUAUAUUUGACACAGGUAUCGAAAUCGGAUAGCACAAUAUGCGCGCGCCGCUUGUGGCAGGUGUUCCUUGCAAGAGGGCCCUGACGACGACGUCACUAGCACGACCGGUAGUAGUUCGGACGGGAGGAGCAACGUCGCGACGAACGCUUUCUACCAACGCUCGAACCUUCCGACCUGCGAACAAGCCGACCGAGCUGUCAUGUUUGCGACCUGGGGGGAGGGUGGCCUACCCGGCUGUUUUCAGUGCUGGGCAAAGGAGGCGGAAGGCGUCUGCUGUUGCGACUGCUGCUACUACUUUUGAGGAUGGGGGGGUGCCGGUCGAGGAGGGGAUAUCCCUAAAAGAACAUGGGGAGGUGAAGGAGGUGAGGAAUGAGAAGGAUGUUGGGCCUGCGGAGGAGUAUGAUAGAAGAGUGGAGGAGGGGUUGUUGAGGAAUGACGAGCAUCAACGAGGAAUCAUCCAAAGCCUACAGCAUCUCCACGAGGAACUGCGACACUACACCGCGCCACCUGUCGUCCGACCCACACUUGAGAGCCUAAAGCCGCAAAAGAGUUUAUUUUCUUGGUUUGGCAAGGACACCAAGCCGACGAUUGGGAAGAUUCCUGGCAAUUUGCCAAGGGGGUUAUACCUCUACGGCGACGUCGGGUGCGGAAAGACAAUGAUGAUGGAUCUGUUCUACGACACGCUCCCGCAGUCGGUCAAGUCCAAGACGAGGAUACACUUCCACAAUUUCAUGCAGGAUGUCCACAAGCGGCUUCACAAGAUGAAGAUGCAGUAUGGCAGUGAUGUCGACUGCGUCCCGUUUGUCGCGGCCGAGAUUGCAGAGCAGGGGAAUGUCUUGUGUUUUGACGAGUUUCAGUGCACCGAUGUGGCGGACGCCAUGAUUUUGAGGAGGCUGCUGGAGGCGUUGAUGUCGCAUGGGGUGGUGCUGGUCACGACGAGCAACAGGCAUCCGGAUGAGCUGUACAUGAAUGGGAUCCAGCGCGAGAGUUUCAUACCGGCGAUUCAUCUGCUGAAAAACAGGCUGCAUGUUAUCAAUUUGGACUCGACGACGGAUUACCGCAAGAUUCCGAGGCCACCGUCGGGGGUGUACCACACCCCGCUCGACGCUCAUGCUGCUUCUCACGCCGAGAAGUGGUUUCGUUUUUUGGGUGAUCCCGAGUCGCCGGAGCCGCAUCCUGAGGUGCAGAAGGUUUGGGGGAGGGAGAUUAUCGUGCCGAGGGUGAGUGGGAGGUGUGCGUGGUUUACGUUUGAUGAGUUGAUUGGCAAGCCGACCAGCGCGGCGGAUUACAUCGAGCUCAUGCGCUCGUAUGACGCGUUCAUCGUUACGGAGGUUCCCGGGAUGACAUAUCGGCAGCGGGAUCUUGCGAGGAGGUUUAUCACUUUUAUUGAUGCCGUGUACGAGUCACAUGCGAAGCUGGUGCUCACCACUGCUGCGCCGUUGAGGGAGCUGUUUGUCUCCAAAGCGGAGAUUCGGGAGUCGCUGAAGGCGGCAGGCAGAAGCAGCGAGGUGCUGGAUGAUAGCUCGGUGGAGGACGUGAUGAGUCACAUGAUGGAUGACCUGGAGCACAACGCCGAGCAGCUGUCAAAGUCGAAUCUGUUUACGGGCGAUGAGGAGGCUUUUGCUUUUGCGAGGGCGCUGUCGAGGUUGACGGAGAUGGGGAGCAAGAUGUGGGUGGAGAGGGGGAUGGGGUUGGAGAGUCAGGGGGGGAAGAAGGAGAGGGAUGAUUGGGCCAAGACGAGGAGCAGGCAGAUGGAGGAUAGUAUGUAGUUUCCUUUUGUCUGUGUAAAGCGAGCGGCAUUGGGUGGGUGGCAAAGCAUUUGCGGCGUUGCAGGAUGGACUGGAUAGUGGCUACCGAGGUGGUGCUUUUUGAGUAUAUGUUUUGGAUAGUGUCAGAAUACAUCGUUCUCGUCCACAUA